GCGAUACAGAGAUCAGCAACAGAAACAGCCUCACCCUUAGCCUCCUGCUCCCAGCCAGGGCCACUGACGGUGCCAGAGUCACACGAGCAAGGGAGGACAGACUGGAAAGCGCUUUGCAGUCCAAGAGGGCUCCUCAGCCUACGCGAGGCCCCGAGGUCUGGCGCGGACUACAGCUCGCUGCAGCCAGAGCGCAGCACUGACAGCGACCUGCAGGGGGCGCGCGGGCGCAGCACGCGGUCGGCCCCGCGCCUGUCACGUGCCCGUGGCGUGACGUCACACCCGGAAGUGGUAGCCGCGCGCAGCCGGUAGCGAUGAGCGGGGAGCCCGGGGAGCUGUCCGUGGCGCCCCCUCCCGGGGAGCUGGAAGCGGGCAGCGGGGUCCGCAUCGUGGUGGAGUACUGCGAGCCCUGCGGCUUCGAGGCCACCUACCUGGAGCUGGCGAGCGCCGUGAAGGAGCAGUACCCGGGCAUCGAGAUCGAGUCGCGCCUCGGGGGCACGGGGGCCUUUGAGAUCGAGAUCAAUGGACAGCUGGUGUUCUCCAAGCUGGAGAAUGGAGGCUUCCCUUAUGAGAAAGAUCUCAUCGAGGCCAUCCGCAGAGCCAGUAACGGAGAACCGCUAGAGAAGAUCACCAACAGCCGCCCGCCCUGCACCAUCCUGUGACUGCUGCGAAUUCCGGGGCCCAUGCCUUGGUUUCCCCCGGUGCUGCUGGGAGCCCCCUGCCCACUUUCCCCUCACUUAGCUCCGAGCAGCUAAGGGACCCUGGCCUCCACUUUGCCCUUUUAAGCAGAGACAGAAAGAGGAGCUUUUGCAGCCAUGAGGGCAGGAAGAGCGCUCUCGGUGGACUUCCCACAGCCACCUCGUACCCGCUUCCUGGGCUCGGUGUCCGCGGAAGGCCAGGCCCUGUGCCAGUACUUGUCAGAGCCCACAGUGAAUCUAAGUCACAUCCCCUGAGCCCUGGGCCUUGUCAGCUGUUGGAAUAAAGAGGCGCUCCAAACACUCA